AUGUUGCCUAUUUCCAGGUGCGCGAGAGAGGGACUUCGCUGGAAGCAGCGAUGGUCUCGAAUUCAUGACAAAAGCUCCUGGCAGACACUAAGGGCUGCCGGCGCGGGAUGUGCCACGGCAGCCGCCGCCGUCUGCACUUCAGCGAAAGCCCAAAGUUCGCUUGGCACCAUUAUCAAAUGGCCAAAGAGGGAGAUUCGAGGCUUGUUACAACAGCUCAAAUCUUCCGAGCCAAUUUUGGAGAAAUAUUUAGAGUAUGCCGGCGACCCUUGGAUGACGGACUACGCGGAGCUCAGACCGCUCAUGGAGGUUCAAUUCGACGAGAUUUCCCACGAGUCGGUGGAUAGGCUUGAAGCGUGGCGGGAGAGCGGACAGCUAGCACAAGUGAAGUACACCGUCCAGCAGCUGAAGCGCGGGCGGUUUUUUGCCUUGGUGACCUGCGACGUUCACCAAUGUGGUUUUGUUGCCGGGGCAGGGCUCGCAGUCGGCAGCGAAGAUGCAAAGCAAUUGGCUGCCCAGCAAGCUCUGGAUCGACUGUUUUUCCCAGAAGAACCGGUUGAGGAAAUAAAACGCUGCGCAAAAGCAAUGCGAAACAACGAAGCCCAUUCCGGAGCGCGCUUGCCGGCGAUCCAAGCAGCGGAGACGCUGGUCUCGUUGGAGGGCAAGCUGGAGGAUGUCUUUAUCAGUGCCUUCCAGCCUUGCGGCAAAGCCUGGCAAGCUGCAAUCGCUUGCAAAUGUUUUGAGACCCAUGUCGUGGGCCCGGCCGCCGACUACGACCGUGAUGUUGCCGUCGCUCUCGCAGCGGAAACGUUCAUGAGCCGCUUGCGCUGGUACAUUCGCGUCCCGGCAGGUGAUCCCCAUGAGCCAGAGUUGUGGAGCCAGACUUGGGCUCAGCGGCAGGCGUCCAUGGGCCAGCCAUGGAGUGGAAGGACGAGUGUCCUGAGACACGAGGUCCUCCGCCUCUCGCCGCUUGGGGGUCACAUGGGCGGCGAGGACGAAGUGCGACGAGUGCUGCCCACGGAAGCCAACUGGAAGCUGUGGCAAACAAACCUGAAAUCCAUCCAGGACAGGAGAUGUACGAGGUGGGCUGCUGAACAGCUCUACGAAGGUGCCGAGACCCCUUCAGCAGAUGCAGCGACGUUCCGGCACUUUCGCCGAAUCCCUGAAGCGGAUGACCCAAGACGGGUGGAUGUUCGUGGCAAGCUUCCCAUCGAACAGAUUCGGGAGAGCUUGGGAGAGGUGCUGAACUCGUCUCAAGUGUUGGUUGUGUCUGGUGGUACUGGAAGCGGCAAGACGACCCAGCUCCCGCAGUUUCUCCUGGACGACUGGGACGCGGAGCAUGCGCCAAGGAUUGUAGUCACCCAGCCGCGCCGGAUUGCCGCCAUUUCUGUGGCAGAGCGUGUGGCCUGGGAGCGUGGGCAGCCGGUCGGACAGUCCAUUGGCUAUGCCGUGCAUGGGAAUGCUAUACGGCCUUCUGCCAGGGGGUCCAUCGAAUUCUUAACUGUAGGAACGUUGCUCCGGCGAGCAGUUGACGACUCCUGCUUGCGAAAUUGCGAUGUGGUCAUCGUGGACGAAGUUCACGAGCGCGACAUGCUGACGGACUUCCUUCUGGUUUUGCUGCGUGAGGUACUGCCAAGCAGGCCAGAUUUGAAGCUCGUCCUGAUGAGCGCCACGCUGGAUGUGCAGUCCUUUACGAGCUACUUCGACUCGUGUCCUGUUCUCGAGGUCCAGUCCGAAACGCUCUUCCCAGUCGAGGAGGUGCAUCUGGAAGAAGAUUUCUUCUCGGAGUUCACCUAUACGAAUGCACUGCUGACCGCGGAGGAUCGGGCUCGUGAGGCGGCGGAGCAGACUGAAACCCAGGAGGGCGAUGAUGCAGACCGGGAAAGCCCAGCACAGAGGUUGUGGGGCGGAUACGAUGGUGGGGAGAUCGACAAACUUCUCCAUGUGAUGGAAUCAUCCAUUUGCGCCGUUGUGCGGGAGAUGUCCAGCAGGAACAGUCAAGAAGUCAAGGGCUCUGUGCUCUGCUUCCUACCUGGCUGGUCUGAAAUCAGGCAGCUGCAAGAACGGCUGAGCGAAGGAGAGGAAGCCAAGCAGAUCUGGUCUGUGCCUUUGCACUCGACCCUACCCAAGGAGAGGCAGCAGCAAGUUUUCCAAAAGCCGCCGAAAAGCAAAGUGAAAGUCAUCCUGGCCACGAACAUCGCAGAGAGCUCUGUGACAAUCAAUGAUGUGGAAGUCGUAAUUGACUCGGGGCUCCAGCGCGAGUUGGCCUACGAUGCCAAGCGGCGCAUGUCAUCACUGGACACUGUAUGGGUCUCGCAGAGUGGUGCCGUCCAAAGACGAGGUCGUGCAGGGCGUGUGCGAUCCGGGAGGGUUCUGCGAUUGUACAGCCGCCAGCAGUUUUCGGCGCUCCCACCGCAGCCUUCACCGGAAAUGCAGCGCUGUGACCUCGCCCAAAGCUGCCUUCAGGCUAUCGCCCUGGGGCGGGACCCACGUAAGUUCCUUGCAAGUGCGCUGGAUCAGCCAAACGUUGCGGCAGUGGAUUCGGCGAUGGAGCAGCUCGUCGCCAUCCGUGCCAUUAGCAACUCCGAUCCUGAAGAUUGCCCUACAAUGCUGGCAAUCGGAGAGGUGCUGGCCAGGCUGCCACUGGAGCCAUUGCUGGGAAGAGCUGCGAUGCUUGGUUGUGUGCUGGGCAUUCCACAGCCAGCAGCCGCGCUCUUGGUCGCAGCUGGCGGCCGGGCGCCUUUCGUUGGAAGCAGACAAGAGGUUGUCGAAGCUCAAAAAGAGUUUUGCAGCUGGUCUGAUCCAGUGGCUGCUGCUCGGGCGCUUCUGGCUUGGGAGGAGCGUGCUGCCAAAGAUGCACCAGCAGCACAGAAAUGGGCCGAGCAGAAGCGGCUCAGUCCCAGCAGAUUGGCAGGACUCGCACGUGACAAGGCAUACCUUCUGCGGGACAUGCAGCGCGCGGGACUGCUGCGCCUGACGCCCGUCACAGGUACGAAGACGGACGCGGAUGUCUCGGCUGCAGAGGACAGCGCCGCGUUGCUUGAGACGCGCGGGGAGCUCGAAGAGGCGCUCGAGAAAGUGGAACAAGAGGAGCACGAUCAAGGACAAGACAUGUCCUCAUCGUCCAGUGCCAAUUCAAUCAGUGACAUCCAGCUAGUGACGGUUCUUUGCAGCGCAUAUCCGGCAAACAUUGCUAUGAGGUCCAAGGACAAGACCUCGAGCUUUCAGAUCAGCAACUUGGGGACUGCGGUCAUGUCCCCGGCCUCCGUCAACGCCGAAGGCGAGGAUGGCCUAUGGUGGCUCUAUGGAGAUGUGCAGGUGGGAGCCAACCGGUCUUUCAUGCACAGCACCACCCAAGUAGCAGACUGGCAGCUAGCGCUGUUUGGCGGCCUGCGAUACAAGGAGUCCGACGACCAGAAGAAGCACACCUGUAUGGUUUUGGACAACUGGUUGCAGGUAGGAGCCCGAGUGAAGCGCACGAACGAGCUACUUCUCCGGUUGCGGCAGCUGGUCAAUGAUGCCAUUGCAUGGAAAGCUAUCGAUGCUCUCGAUGGGGCCGAGAACCAAACGGAUGGAAUGGAAAUUUCUGAGGUGAGCGAGAAAUUAGUACAGUGCGUACGAUCUGUGGUGGGUGUGUUGGGACAAGGAAGUACACAGGAGGAAGUGGAUGAUGACCAAGCAGGGCCACCAGUUGAGGACUUCGAAGAAGCGGAAGAGGCUGCACCCUCCAAAGAAGAGCUCUCGAACAUGACCAUCUCCCAGCUCAAGGACUUGUUGAAAAGCAAAGGUCUCAAGGCCAGACCCGUCUUUGCGUUUCGCUGCCCUCUAGACUCCGGCAGCUGCGCGACUUCUCUGGCAGGUGAGCGGCCGCAAGGUCGGUGCAGCACUUGGCUUGGCCAGGUGCAGGCGAGAUGGCAGAUGAGGACCUCACCGUCCGGGCCAGACACCCAGCGAUCUUGGGACAUCCUGGAGAGGUCUGAGCCCAUUGCAUGCGAGGUGCCCGGUGAACACAGGAUGGACAUCUUGACCGCAGGGGAUGGCUUGAUGAUCCAGGCAGAUGACUGCGACAGUUGGAAGGAGCCGACGCCUGAGGAGCGCGAGCACGUUUCCCACUUCCUGAAGCAGGAAAAGAUGACGGGGGAGAAGAGGAAGCCCCGGCCUCAGUGA